AAAACAAACAGCGGCGAUGGCGACGGCGAUGGCGGCGGCGCGGCACUGCCCGCGGCUCUGAGGGCGGCGGCAGCCUCAGCUCGGCCCCCGCCGCCGGCUGCGCAUCCCCGCCGGCGCUGACACUUCGCGGCGAAACCCCCGGGCCGGGAACGAGAAGGAGGAGGGGCGCCGGCCGGAGCCCCGGAGCGUCUUCGGGGCUUGGAGGCGGCGGUCGCGGCCCCGGGGCCGCGGGGCUCUCCCCGUGCCCGGUCGGGGCGCGGAGGAGGCGCCGGGGCGCGGCGGCGGAGCGGGCCCCGCACGGGAUGAGCCGCCGCGCUGCCAGCACUGCCGGCCCCGCGCAGGAGUGGCCUGACCUGGAAGACCCUUCCUUCUUGUGGCAAGAAAUAAAUCUUUCAGAUGAACCAGGCUAUCUGUAGAUGUCCAGAAGGAUCACACAGGACCACUGUAUUUGACUUAAAUGAAAGCUGGAAGACGACUUCAUUCCCAGACCUGUGCUAUAUUUCAGAUUGCCAUAUGCAAUGGACACUGAUCUCAGUUCCCAGGACAGGAAGGACCUGGACAAGUUCAUCAAAUUUUUUGCUUUAAAGACAGUACAAGUAAUUGUCCAGGCCCGACUUGGAGAGAAAAUCUGUACCCGCUCAUCAUCCUCCCCAACAGGUUCUGACUGGUUCAAUUUGGCAAUCAAAGAUAUACCAGAGGUUACUCAUGAAGCAAAGAAAGCUCUGGCAGGACAGCUGCCCGCUGUUGGACGGUCGAUGUGCGUGGAGAUUUCUCUCAAAACCUCAGAGGGGGACUCCAUGGAGCUGGAAAUUUGGUGUCUAGAAAUGAAUGAAAAGUGUGACAAAGAAAUCAAAGUUUCAUACACUGUAUACAACAGGCUGUCUCUACUGCUGAAGUCUUUGCUUGCUAUAACCAGAGUAACUCCAGCCUACAGACUCUCUAGGAAACAAGGCCAUGAAUAUGUAAUAUUGUACAGGAUAUAUUUUGGUGAAGUCCAGCUGAGUGGCUUGGGAGAAGGUUUCCAGACAGUCCGUGUUGGGACAGUGGGUACCCCAGUGGGCACCAUCACUUUGUCUUGUGCCUACAGAAUCAACCUUGCUUUCAUGUCAACCAGGCAGUUUGAGAGGACCCCUCCUAUCAUGGGGAUUAUAAUUGAUCACUUUGUGGACCGUCCCUAUCCCAGCUCUUCACCCAUGCAUCCCUGCAAUUACAGAGCUGGUGAGGACAAUGGUGCAGUAUACCCCUCAGUAGAAGAUUCCCAAGAAGUGUGUACCACAUCUUUUUCCACCUCUCCUCCAUCUCAGUUGAUUGGUCCAGGCAAAGAAGGGGGAGUUCCCCCAGUUCCUAGCCAGCCAGCACAUGGCACUCAAGCUGACCAAGAGAGGAUGUGCACCCCACUGGAUGGAGUCCAUUAUUCAGCAGCUACUCCUUCUAGCAGUGAGGACACAGAAACAGUAUCCAACAGCAGUGAAGGAAAGUGUGGCUCCCCACAUGACCUUUUGGAGACUAUCUUUAUCCGGAAGGUGGGAGCUUUUGUCAACAAACCCAUUAACCAGGUGACCAUGGCCAACUUAGACAUUCCUUUUGCCAUGUUUGCUCCCAAGAAUGUUGAGCUGGAAGAUAACGACCCCAUGGUCAAUCCUCCUGAAUCCCCAGAAACGGAAUCUCCUCUACAUGGCAGCUUACACUCGGAGGGCUCCAGUGGCAGCAGCACAGGGAACACCCAUGAUGACUUUGUUAUGAUCGACUUUAAACCAGCAUUUUCAAAAGAUGACAUUCUUCCAAUGGACCUGGGGACAUUUUACCGUGAAUUUCAAAACCCCCCUCAACUCAGCAGCCUCUCCAUUGACAUUGGAGCACAGUCCAUGGCAGAGGAUUUGGACUCGUUACCAGAGAAGCUGGCAGUCCAUGAGAAAAAUGUCAAAGAAUUUGAUGCUUUUGUGGAAACCUUGCAGUGAAGCUGUUUCCCAGUUCUGCUGCAGCAAUUCUUCCUCCUCAAAGCAUCCUAGAGAUGACAUCAACAAAUAUCUCUAUUGCCCCUGCUCUGCCUUUUGUUCACAUCAACUAGUUCCCUCCAUCAAGUGAGCUUUCUUUUCUCUCUUCAAUGACAGAUAUGGCUCAUCUGCUGAUUCUCCUCAACUUUUCCACCACAUACUUCUGGAACGCUUUUCCUGCUCACAGUCAGUUUUAAGACUUCAGUAGGGACACAGGAAGUCAAACUCCAAUGUAUGGAAACUUACUUUCUCUUCAGUGUGUGUUCUGUAUGGAGGGGCUUUGUGGAAAGUUGCCAUAUGCUUCCUCCAAGGGUCCUAUGGUGUAAGUUUCCUAGGUAGAGCUUCUUGCUAACAGACUUUUCCUGCAGUCUCUGAUCCUGUUAGAGCAUAGAAAGCUUUGGCUUAUUUCCAGGGUCUGUGAGUUCAGCAAAUUUGACUGUUUGAAGUCCAGGACAUCCAUUCCACAGAACUGGGCAUUUCAUCCUGACUUCAGAGUGCGUGCUUGGAGCACAGGGAGAGACGUCAGCUUUGGGACCUGUAUAAUCCAAGUUACCUUUAUUUUCCUGCUUUUAAGGAAUUGAAUCUCUACACAGUGCAAGGCCCUCUGUUAGGUGGCUGAUAAGCAGGAGUGAAACGACAGGAAUGCUUUCCACAUUUCCUUCCUGAGUGCACUGACACUCGGCCAUGCUGAGUUUAACAGUGUUGACUGUUGGCAAGCCUGCACGUAGCAGCUGUGAUGAUGCUGAAUUCAUAGUCUCUGCUUUUGAAACAUAAGUGUAAAUACUAGGAAUCCUAUUUCUUUAGGGUUAUGUAACUAGGAGUCUUAGUUCAAGAUUUUUUCCUCUAAUCCUUGCAAGCCUUCCUGCUUUAUGGUUAAUAGAUGAUCUUAAGAAUUAAAAAAUAUUUAUUGCUUUUAAAGAAACCUAUAUUUAAAAGAUGUUCUGUUUUCAUGUUAUAGUGCGGGUCAUUCUGUCCUGAUCACUGCAGAGAGCAAGUGUGCCAUGGAACCCUAGCCAGUGAGGCUAGUCUCUCUUUGCAGGAAAAUAUCCAAGAUAUUUAUUUUCUAAGACAGACUUGAUUAAUAUUAUACUCUGUUUGGGGGACUAUGUGUCCCUACAUCCAGUAAAGGCUCACUGAUAGAAUGAAAUGCACACAUCAGUGGAAUGGAGUGGCAGGGCCUUGGUAAAAAGCUGUUUUCUGAUAGGCAUGGAUGAAUUUGUAGUGUUCUUUGGCCAUUCAGAAGGCAGCUUCUUUAAAGAAGCACACUUUUUUGGGAAGCUUAUGGUACUUUUUAAUCAGCUGGCUUUUGAGUAGCUGAUAUUUUAUUUUAGUAAUAAUCCUGCCACUGACAGUGUGACUGGCUGGAAUUGCUCUAUGGGUGAUUUGGCUGUUGCAUGUCUUCUGCCUCAUGUAAGGAUGGGAGGAGAAACAGUGACACUAAACAGAACCUUGGAUAAGGUGGGUUUUCUUGUGGUUCUCUCUCUUUCUGCCCAUGUAACUAGAGUGAGCAACUACAAGACCCCUUACUGUCCAAAACCUCUUCUUUUCCCCCUAGUUUCUUUUAAGUGGAGUUGUGUUGCUUGAGUACUGAGGAACCAUCUUCAUUUCCUCAGAGUGGCUGAGUAACCAGCCUUCUAGUUGGUGCAAUGUGGCAGCUUCAGCUUAGCUGCACUUUGUUGGAAGAGAUUGCCUGCAGCUGAUGGGGGAAUCCCACUCCACUCUGAAACACUAUUUCCGUGCCACUGCUGGAGCAAGCAACCAAAUUCAGAGCUUACUAUAAGGCCAGAGCAAAGCAAUGCUUUGAACUUUAUGAGAAUUUUUGUUGAGAGAUGUGUCUGGUGGGAUGCCUUUUAAGUUCUAAAACUCCAGGUAAGAGCUUCAUUGAAGGAAAAUUACCUACCAGGACCUUUUUAUUUUACCCAACUGAUUCAACUUCUUAGCAACCUCACAUGAAAAUUGCUUUGUCCAUGCAAAGUAAGAUGCACAAACAUUUAAAAAAGGUUCCAAGACAAAACAGUUUGUAACAGGGCUUCAGUUACACGGGCUGUAACAAAUACUUGAUACCCAUCCAAGAGCCACCUUGUUUCGCAGGUGGAAAUGGUCACAGAAGGGUGCAGGAGCAGAAGGAAUUCAUGGAUCAACUGCCUCUCACCUGUGCUCAGGAAGUUGGUAUGCCACUUUGUAGAAAGUAGUUCAUAGACAAGUGGUUGUCAGCUUUAGUCUCCAAAGUGAUAGAGUCUGGGCUGCAGAGCAGCAGAGAUGAGGCAAAGGGCUGGUUCACAUCAUAUGAAUAAAGAAUAGUUGAGGUUAAACUUCAUCUAGCCAGCACUCCUGCUGUGCUCUUCUGCUAACAAGCUGUGGAGCAGGUAGGGAGUACUGCCAUUCUUGUUAAUCCCAUCCAGGAGGUCAGGGCUUGUACUUGUCCUUUAUUGAUGGAGUUCCGAACAUAGCUACAGCUCUCACAUCUCAUAAGGCAAAAUGGCACUGUUUCUUCCCUUCAAAAGGCUGAAAGAUUGCCUAUAUAAGCUGCUAGUGUUGAGCUGGAUGGCCAUAGCAAUAAGAGAUUCUCCAGGGCUGAGUUACCUGCUUCUUCUCUGGACAGUCCUCUGUUUUAACACACAGUUGCUACAUCUAGGCUCUGAGUUCCCUGACCACUGCACAAAUGCUCUGCUUCAGUAAAGACCUAGCUGCUGCUGUGGCCUGCCACAGAUUGUGUUAUGAAGGCUGUUUAUUUUAGCAGCUCUCUGCUCUGCUCAAUAUUAAGGACAGUAUCUAUGUAGCUGCUGAUUUACAGAUACUUUGGGUGGAGGGGAAGGUUCCUCAAGUGUAUUGUUUUGGAAAGUCUCCAGUGUUCUUCAAGUAUUCAAAGAGUUUCCAAUAAAACUUUUGUGUAAGCAACA